AUGGAGCAGGUCCCUGCAUCCGUGGAUGCGAAGCUACAGCCCGUGCCUGGCUUGCGAGAGUGGCCUGCGGCGGCGCCGGCGGCAGCCGCGGCAGCGCUGGCAGAACCAGACAGCACCGCAGCGGCAACGGCGGCAGCAGCGCAGGUCGCGGUAGCAGCAGCAGCGCUAGAGCCGGGGGCGCCAGCGACAGUGCUGGCUGCCUCUGGACAGUCGAGAGCGGGCGAGCCUCCCGUGCGGCAUCUGCACACCCCCUGGGAGCCUCUGCUGACCCGGGACGAGGUGCGGCGCGGGCUGGCAUACUACGGCAGCGGCAGGCGGAUGCAGCGGGUGGCCGCCAAGUUGCUGGCGGGCAGGCCCAUCAAGGUGUUCACCCUGGGCGGCAGCGUGACGAAAGGGUCAGGCUCCAGUUCCCCGGCAGGCAGCUACGCGUCCCGCCUGUUUCAGCUCAUCAAUUCCACCUUCCCGCACAGCGGCCACACGUUUGUGAACAAGGGCGUGGGGGCCACCAGCUCGGGCAUCUUCACGGCCUGCGUGGAGAAGAUGGUGGAGCCGGAGGUGGACCUGGUGGUGCUGGAGUUCUCCAUCAACGAGCACCCAGAGGCGCCGUACACAGACAGGCAGCGCAUGGGCUACGAGCAGCUGAUCCGCAAGCUGCUGCGCAUGCCCGGCAGACCAGCCCUCAUCCAGCUGCACUACUACGCGUGGUGGCGCUCAGAGGGCGACGGCGUUGAGCAGGGCCUCUUCUACUUCCCGCAGGCGGAGGCGCAGCUGACGGUCUUCUCGCAGUACUACGAUGUGCCCUCCGUAUCCAUGCGCUCCGCCAUCUACCCGCUGAUGCAGGCCGGCGUGGACAAGCUGACGGGGCUGAACGGCAAGCAGAUCAACAACAAGGCGCCGUCCGGCUACGAGAUCCCUUUUGCCGAGGGCGCCGAAAAGCAGUUCUAUCUGUACGCCGACAGGACGCACCCCAACGACCAGGGCCACCAAGUGAUUGCGGAACUGCUGGGCUCGGUGCUGGCCAAGGCGGUGGACGAGGAGCAGGGCGACAACUGCCAGUUCUCGGGGGGCUGGGCGGACAGCCACGCGGCGCCGCGGCUGAGGGGCCUGCCGCCGCCCAUGAUCCCGGGCAACGCAGACGUGCCCACAUCGCUCUGCGCCAUGCAGGAGGACUUUAAAGAGCUGGCGGUGGCAUCAGCUGGCUUCGAGUACAAGCCGGAGCGGCCGCAGGAGGAGACGUUUGUGGGGCAGAAGUGGGGGUGGACAUCCCAAGAGCCAGGCGCCAUGGUUGAGUUGCUCUUCGACAGCCGCUCUGACGACGCUGUGAACGCCACCCGCUUCAAGCGGAGCGACCCCUGGGCCUCCGUGUACCUGUCCCACCUCAAGUCGUAUGAGGGCAUGGGCACCGCGCAGGUGGCCUGCGUGUCUGGGUGCCAGUGCAAGAAGACGGUGCUGGACGGCACCUGGGAGCAGCAGGCCACGCUGAUGCAGAUCCACAGGUUCCCGGUCACCCAGCAUGCCCAGUGCCGUGUGCGGGUGACGGUGCGCAAGCAGGGGGGCGCCGUGAAGCAGGCGGGGCACAAGGUCACGCUGAUGGCGCUCAUGGUCAGCCACUACCCGCUGCGCCUGGACCAGAACGACAAGCAAGCGGAGCAGGUGGCGGAAAAGUUUGGCACGUAG